AUGGCCCCAUUCAUUUUGGACGACGAUCUAGUAAUACAUGAGAAGCUACCGUGGGAUUCAUGGCCUGAGAUUGAAGUGCUAUUUUUUGUGAACUUGGCCUUGCAAAUUGUCCUCACGUUCUAUGGCAGUCGCAGAAAAUAUAUCCCAGGAUUGUGGAUAAGAUUCACAGUUUUGUCCGCCUACUUGCUGUCAGGUUCUGUUGCAAAGAUUGUUAUUGGCAAGCUCGCUGCAAUCUCAGUCAGAGAUUAUAACCUUGGCAAGGUUGAUGCAAUGGAUGCAGAAACACUCUGCAAACUCGCUGCAACCGAACUCGAAAGUUUUAAGCAUGCUGCCAAUUGGGAGCUAAAAUUACUGUUGGCACCUUUAAUUUUAGCUCAGGCUGGAAACCCGGAUACCAUUACUGCAUACUCAAUAGAAGAUGAUAAGUUGGGAUUGGGGCAGUUUCAUAACCUAGUAAUUCAAGUGGGUGUUACAGCUUCUAUCAUUCUCAGUUUCGAGAGUAUUAUAAAUUGGUUCUCAUUCCUAUACAUGCUCUUGUUUCUGGCUGGAAUAAUCAAGUAUGAAGAGUUCAUAUGGGCUCUCAAUUCAUCACUGAAGAACUCUGGUCUAAGCAUCAAGGAAAUUCACCAAGAAGCAGAUGAUCACGUUCCUUCUUUAUUCCGACAACUAACCAGCUGGGGCAUUCCUGGUCUAGAACUAAUCUUAAAGGCUUAUUGCCGCUUUGAUUGCUUGAAGCCUCACCUUGAGAACUGGCUUUACAAGCCUUUUUAUGAAUCUCUUCCCUGGAUGUCCAUUGAUGCAUAUUCGCCUGAGGACAUCUUCAAAAUCACAGAUGUUGAACUUGGCUUCAUGUAUGAUGUGCUCUACACAAAGUCUCCUAUCAUAUAUUCGAGGACAGGCUGUAUUCUCCGUAUCCUUUAUUUCUUGAGUUUAGCAUCUACUUUAUGUGGCCUCGUGAUCUUGUACUUGACAAAGUCUUUAAAAGAUGGUCAUUCUCAUUUCUGUAUCUUGGUGGUACUAAUAGUUGCAGCCAUGAUUUUAGAGGUUUAUCAGAUCAUACUUCUACCUUUCUCGGACUGGGCUAUAAUUCAAAUGAUCAAGCACCAUAAUUCUUCUCCUGUUGUGAUGCAUUGUUUGCGAGUUCUUGGCCCAAAGUCAAGAAAGUGGAAACGGUGGUCCCAUUCAUUGGGACAAUUCAAUUUAUUAAGCUUCAGCCUUCAUGACAAGCAGUUCAAGUACUGUAGUAAAAUAAUGAAGUUUUUUGGCAAGGAAAUGGAGUUCAAAAAGAGCAUGAGUAGGAGCCGCUUGGACUUUUCCAACGAAUUGAAAGAACUGAUUGUGGAAGAGUUGAAAAAGGUGGAUAAUGUGAGAAAUUCCAAGCCUAUCACGAAAAGAGGUCACUGGGCACUUGAAAGGUAUGGAUGCCCUAGCCAUGAUUUCAGAUGGAGUGUUAUGAGAGAUUUCGAUAAGAGCAUUACCAUAUGGCAUCUUGCAACAGACAUCUGCUAUCGUGCAGAUGUUCAAUGCAUGAGUACUGCAAAUAGGCAUAUGGAAAUGAGCAAAACACUCUCAAAUUACAUGAUGUAUCUUCUAGCAUUGCGCCCUCAAAUGUUAUGCGCCACAACAGCUGACAUAAUAUUCGAGCAUGCUCUUACUAAACUCAAAACAUUCUUAUCAACAACGUCUACUGGACUAUCGGUAACGAGAGAGGAUGAAGGCGAGUUCUGUUGGAUUUGGAUGAAUGAAGAAAUUCCCAAGGAAUCGGACUCCAGUAAAAGGAUGGAAACUGUGGUAACAUCCAACUGGCACCUGUUGCAGGAUGUGGAAAGACUAACCAGGAGUUUGAUGAAACUGGAGAACAAAUGGGAACUCAUGAGUAGCGUGUGGGUGGAGAUGCUGUGCUAUGCGGCAAGCAACUGCCCGUUGGAGUGCCACGCAGAGCAGCUCAGGCGAGGGGGAGGGUUGAUUACUCAUAUCUGGCUUCUUCUUGCCCACAUGAAGACAUAAAUUUUAUACCAGUGACUAACUACUCAUCUCUAUGUUAUGAUCAGGUCGAUUAUCCUAUAUAUAUAUUGCAGCAAAAUAAAUGGCCAUGAAAGUUUUUUAGUUAAAAACUUUCAAAUGAUCAAUGG